AUGGCCAGCGACAACGACAAAUUCCACCCUGCGCAGUUUUUGGAGAACAAGACGAUAGUCAUUGCGGGGGCAGGUCUUGCCGGCUCUGCGUUUGUUGUCGGCCUUCAGAAACUCUGGAAUCCGAAACUCGACCAGCCAAACAUCAUCAUAUACGAACGUGAUGCGCAAGACGUGGCUACACGAAGAGAGACGUACAAUCUGUCUCUAACGGCCUAUGACAAAAACGGCGGCCUUGUCGUGUUGAGAGACCUUGGAUUGCUUGACGAGGCCUUGGGACAAGCUGCCUCGGGAGUUGAUGGCGUCGGUGCCUUCAAGAUAUGGGACUCACAAUGGAGAGAGCACGUCGCUUUCAGGAGGAAGCCCGUCCUCGGCAUUCCAUCAUCCAGCAUCCGAAUUGCUCGAGAAGAUGUUCGUCAAGUCCUUCACAAUUCAUUCCAUCUCGGCGAUCAUUGUGUCGUCCACUGGGAGUCACAGUGCGUUUCUGCCACAGAACUUCCCGAUGGUCGUCUGAGAGUUCGAGUGGUGAGCGGAGAUGGCGCCGUGAGCGAGCAAGACUGCGACAUCCUCAUAGCUGCCGACGGGGCGAGCAGCAAAAUUCGACAAAGCCUUCGCCCAGACGAUCCCCUUUGUUACAACGGCGCAGUCCUCAGGGGCGGAGUGGCGAGGUUCGAAGAGGCUUUGCCGCCGCAGCUGAGUGAGGACUGGGGCUUUGUCGUCUCCCGCACGGGCGUAUCUGCUUUCGUUUCUCCCAUCGACAAGCACAGAAUCCUGUGGACUGUUGGGCAAAAUGAGGACCAGGUGCCAGGCCUGGAUCGCGGCUCUCUCGAUCAAGCUCAGGCUGUUAUUGACAAGAGUCUUGAGCUUGCAUCGCACAUUGCCGAGCCUUUUCCCAGUAUCAUCAAGAGGACAGAUCCCCAAACAGUGUUGCUCUUAAACUCGCGGGACAAGAUGCCCUUUCAUCAUAGCGAUAUCACAAGGAUACCCGCCAUCUUUCUUGGGGACAGCAACCACGCACUCAGCCCAUUUGCAGGGAUUGGGGCCAAUCUAGCACUGGCGGAUGGAUGGGAACUGGCAUACCAAAUGUGCAAGCACCGAAGCCUAGAGGAGGCCGUCAAGGCAUAUGACAGCGUCAGCGUCCCGAGAGCAGCACAGAGCCUGAAGCGGUCGAGAGGACUGAUCAAGUCUGCCCAUAGCACCGGCUGGCGAUAUUAUCUGUUUUGGUGCGUGUUGUUAGUGGGCAAGUUUGUGAGAUGGAUGUCGAGCAAGAUGGCGGGGAGCUGA